AAUACUUGGAAGCUGUAUUCUCGAGAUGAAACUGUAAGAGCCAUCUUGACCUUCUACCAACAACUCACAAAACAUCCAUAUUUAGAUGAAACGGCUCUCAAGAUUGCUCCUGCCCCUGGGUGGGACAACAUCGAUCAAGAAGCUCUCGGAGCCAUCGGUAAGACCGAUACUGUAAUCGAUCUACUGCGCNAUCUACCAUAUCUUGAUGGACGCAGUGAUGGAUACCUUAUAGCAUAUGAAACCGUCCCAGUCGACUUCACCAUCGAGUCGACAGCAAUGACCGAAGAGGUCUAUCCCAUACCUGGCCACUGCGUCUAUCUCACCGAGGGUCUGGGUCGAGAAGGAUACCGUCUAAUUGUAGAUACUGAGAAAGGCACCACAACAGCUUUCAGCAUCAUGGACUACGACCUCUCCACCGCAGAUCGAAUUGACCACGAAAACCAGCCAGAGAUCGAGCAAUGGAGAGCGCACCGCACCCUUCCCACCAUAGAAUUCUUUGCCGCAUGGACACUUCGGUAUGAAAAGUUGGUGUGGUUCAUGUCUCCCCGUCCCUACCUAGCAGCAGGUGAAUUCCACUCUAAGGCACAGAGUCGACAGCAAGAAGAGGAACUAUGCCACCAAGAGCCGACACAGUGGAUUCCUGAUCUGUCUGAAGCUGAGGAGAUGGAAAACGAGGAUGCCAGGGAAUGGAAGAUCUUGAACAUCAAGUAUCCUGCUAUAUCAGNNGAUGUAUAUAACACAUAUCUUCGAUAUGGGUGGGGAAGCGAAAGUUUUGACAAGCAGGCCUGUAAAGUCACGUUGCUUGAGAUGGAGAAGGCUUUUAGCAAAGAGCAGAGGCAUCUCAUGGAUAAAAACGAUCCGGAUGCUGAUAUGUUCGAC